ACCUUUUCAUCCUUCACUAUCGUCGGUCUUUUUCUUUGAUCUCUCCUACUCCUUUCCUUCCUUCUCUCGCAAUUCUUCGGGUUUUUUUUUCCACCCCUCCCCCCACCCCUCUCCCUCACCAACCCUCCCAAACACCGCCAAAGUGUCGUCUCUAUUAAUGCCCCGUGCCAUCUCCUUCCCGCCGGAGGUUGACACUGGGCCGCACCGGCUGGCACCGGACUCCAACAUGUUGCAGAGCAAGGCUGGUAGGAGGAGAAGAUCGAGCAGCAUUAUUUACCAGGAGCCUGCCGAGUCCAUUGAGCACACCAGCGACCAGGCUGCCCUCCCGAACCUGAAUGCGAACUGGGUUAAUGCCAAGGGUGCCUGGACCAUCCAUUUCGUUUUGAUCAUUGCCCUGAAGAUUUUCUACGACAUCAUUCCCGGCGUUUCGCAGGAGACCUCAUGGACUCUCACAAAUAUUAGCUACAUGUUUGGAUCUUUUAUCAUGUUUCACUGGGUGCGGGGUAUUCCGUUCGAGUUCAACGCCGGUGCUUACGAUAACCUGAACAUGUGGGAGCAAAUUGACAACGGCGAUCAAUACACACCGACGAAGAAAUUCCUGCUCUGCGUGCCCAUCUGCCUCUUCCUCCUCAGCACUCACUAUACCCACUACGAUCUGACAUACUUCACCAUCAAUUUCCUUGCCACCCUGGGAGUGGUCAUUCCCAAACUUCCCUUUUCACACCGAUUGCGAAUAGGACUCUUUUCUGACAUCCCGGAAGAGUAGUUCACCCGGCUCUUCUUUCUCUUUCCUUUUUUCUCCGAUGCAUCUCAUGCUUGCCAUAUUUCCCUUUCAGUAUCAUUCACCUCUUGUGUUUAUUCCCUCCUUUUUUAUUAUCUAUUUACCUUUCCCGAUCAUUUUAAUACCUGCAAUAUGCUUCCAGGAGAAAACCCGUUGGCGAUGUUGGGCGGAGGUUUAUUAUUAUAUUAUACAGCUCGAUGGGAAACCUAGGUAUAUUUCUAUGCGAGGGGGGCAAUAUGACCCGGACGGGCAUAUUAUUACCCCCCCCC